AUGCCAUGCCAUCUCGCUUCCCUGCUUUCCAGCCCACAACAGGUCACACUACCCUUCAUUGUUCCUGUCGAUCUGGGUCUCUGGAGGCGCAGCAAGGGAGAGUGGUACGCAGUAGACGUCUCCAUCUCGCACAUUUCCAACGGCCGCCCUCCUCCGAAGCCCCUUCUUCGCAUUGGAGUGAUUCGCAGCGGACAACAUGGCGAGGGCCCUUUUCGCCCCCCAUGGGAAUGUGCGAAUGCUUCUGCUGCUGCUGCUGCUGCUGCUGCCGCUGACGCCCGGCUCAGCCUGCAAUUGCGUGCGCAACCAACAGCAUCCAUCCCUCCACCCUCCCUUCCAGCUCGUGUUCCAUUUCUCCAGGGCAAAACUUUACUUUCCGCGGACCAGUCACGAGCCGCCUGCGAUCCCAUCAUCGAUCCGACAAUACUGGUGUCCGUCCCGUUUCGCAAGGACAGUCAGACGCACAUCAAUCUGGAAUGGGACAGUCCUCUAAUACCGACCAGGACAGCCUACUGUGUAGAAGAAGUCAUGGCAGGCUACGGAUCGCCUGAUGAGGAUCUACCGAGGGCCUCUGGGGAAAAGAUUUCACUCGCGCCUUCACCCGCUUGA